CAGAUCUGACAGUGUUUGCUACGAGUGGAACAAGUGAGGUUCGAUCACCAUGAUGUUAACAUUUGCUUUGCUGGGCAUGGCCCUGGCGCUGGUCUACAAUUUCUACCGAAAUACCUAUAGCUACUGGGAAAGAAAGGGAGUGCCUAAUGAACGCCCUCUCCCGCUGAUAGGAAAUGUGAAAGGAAUCGGAACGAAGUACCAUUUUCGUGACAUUAACCAGAGGAUCUACGAUAAAUUCAAGGGCGUCGCGCCCUUUGCAGGAAUGUUCACUUUCUUCAAGAGGUCCGCUCUCAUCAUUGAUCUGGAUUUGAUAAAGCAAGUGCUGAUCAAAGAUUUUCAAUACUUUCAAGAUCGUGGAGUGUUUAAUAAUGUGAGAGAUGAUCCGUUGACGGGUCACCUGCUGACUCUGGAGGGCGACGAGUGGCGUUCGAUGAGGCAUAAGCUGACGCCCGUUUUCACUUCUGGAAAGAUCAAGCAUAUGUCUGGAGUGGUCGUUGAGGUUGGCCAUCGUCUGGCCGCAGCCAUGGACAAGGCCGUGAGUGCUGCAAAGGUGGACGAUGGCGAUGUGGAAAUCAAGGAUAUCUGUGCCAGGUUUACGACAGAUGUAAUAGGCACGUGUGCAUUUGGCCUGGAGUGCCACAGUCUGAGUGAUCCCAAGGCGGAAUUCCGGUCAAAGGGACGAAUGAUCUUCGAGAAACCGCGCCACUCCCCAAUAGUGCAAUUUUUUGUGUUUACCAAUGCAAAAUUAGCCAAAAAAUUGCGCAUGAAAAUCUUACCCGAUGAUGUAUCGGAGUUUUUUAUGAACGCUGUAAAAAACACCGUCGACUAUCGUAUGAAGAAUGGCAUUAAGCGAAACGAUUUCCUCGAUGAGUUGAUUGAAUUGCGUGCUGAGAACCAAGAGGCUGCUAAACAAGGAAAGGUUAUUGAUCUUUCCCAUGGCUUGACUAUCGAGCAAAUGGCUGCCCAGGCUUUCGUAUUCUUCCUAGCUGGAUUUGAGACUUCUUCGAGUACAAUGGCCUACUGUUUGUAUGAAUUGGCCCAGCAUCCCGAUAUUCAGCGCCGCGUUAGGGAGGAAGUCGAUGCUGUUCUCAAGAAUGUGGAAGGAGGGGAGAUAACAUAUGAUGCCUUAGCAGAGAUGAACUACCUAGAAAAAGUCUUAGCAGAAACCCUCCGGAAUCAUCCCAUUGUUCCUCAACUCAUACGAGAGGCCAAUCAGAACUACAAAGUCCCCAACACGGACAUCACCAUUGACAAGGGAACAACCGUGUUAAUACCAGUCCACAGCAUUCAUCACGAUCCUGAAAUAUAUCCGGAGCCCGAGCGUUUCGAUCCGAGUCGCUUCGAGGCGGAUCAAGUGAAGUCUCGUCAUCCGAUGGCCUAUUUACCCUUUGGGGACGGACCCCGUAACUGCAUAGGACUGAGAUUCGGGAAGAUUCAGGCCAAGAUUGGUCUGGUGUCACUGCUUCGGCGCUUUAAGUUCGGCAUCUCCAAGCGUACCGAAAGUCCUCUGAUUCUAGAUACUCGCUCUUUUCCUCUAACGACGAAGAAUGGGAUUCACCUGAGAGUGGAGCGUAUCUAGUAUCUGAUAAGUUUUGUUUGUUACACUCUAGAAAUACAUAAAACAUUCCGUUUGUAAUAAAUGCGCAAUAUGUGAAA